AUGUGGCCGUAUCCUAAUCCUCAUCAAAGUGAUUAUCAUUGGUCAUCAUCACAUUCUCAAGGUGAACCAUCAUCAUCUUCAUCUUCUAAUGUCAAUAAUCAAUAUCACUAUCACCAGCAUCAAAAUCAGCAUCAGCAUCAGCAAAAUCAAACACAUCGAAGUAAUCCCGAAGAUUAUCAUUCCGAUUUACCUUUUCAACAUUAUCAAAACAACAAUAACAACAACAACGUUGAUACCCGAUAUCAUAAUGGACAAGAUGUAUCACAUUCACAUUCACAUUCACAUUCGCAUUCACAUGAUAAUACACCUACUGAGCAUCCUUCUACAAAUACAGGCUAUUUCGAUAAUACUACGACAUACCAUCAACCUCAAGCUCAACAUCAUACGCAAAACCAAAACCAAAAUCAAAACCAAUGGACAACCCAUGUUCACGGCGGUGGUGGAGGAGGAGGAGGAGGAGAUUCGAUUCCAAGGACAUCACCCCAUCAUCCUACGUGGCAUGAAAGUCAUCCAAUACUGACACCCUUCGAUUUACCACCACCUGCAGAAAGUGGAUCGUCACACAUGAACCAUCCUUCGAGUCACGGCAGUGAUCAAAGUCAUGGUAUGCUAUAUGGUGGUCAUAGUGGGAGAGAUGAGAAUGAUUGGAAAUCUGAAGAACUACAACGGGAAGUCACAAGAAGAAUGUGGCAAGGUUUCGGAAUCGGGAAUGGGAAUGGCAGUGGAGAAAUCGAUGUGAAUAAGGAGAAAGAUCAGCUGAAACGAUAUAUCAACGAGAUAAUCAGUCUACUACAACCUUUUGCACCAUCAACGACUCAAUCACAUCCUUCACCACCACCACCAUAUCUCUUAACUCAUUUCGCCAAACUAUCAUCCCUAAUCCAUACCAUACUCUUAUCACUCGCUCCACAUGUCAACCCGUCUCUUGCAUCAGAUUUCAUGAAACCGUUCAUGCUCACUCGUAAACCUACUAAGAGAUUCGAAGAUAUGACUCCCGCAGAGAGAGAUAUGGAAGUUAUAAGGAAAAGAAGAGAUGCUUUAAUCGCUAAAGCUCAAUCUGCUCAUGCCAACGCUAGUGGAUCAUCAUUGAAUCAAAUGAAAAACGUAUCUGGAUUAGGAAUAGAUAAACAAAUGAAAUCACCUUUCCAACAACAACAACAAGACCAUCAUAAUAAUGACAAUCAUCAACACCAUUCGCAUCAUCAUCACCAUAAUCACAAUAACAACCAGCAUCAUCAUUCACAUCAUGAACAACAACCAUACUCACCAUACAAUCUACAUUCCUCAUCAACACCGAUAGACAGUCUAGGCGGUUUGGCUGAAGCGUCAAUCAUUGCAUCUGAUCCUUAUCCGCAACAUCAAUCGCAUGUUCAUUUCUCCUCCUCAAAUGACCAUUCGCAUAAUUACAAGGAAACAAACAUUCCUUUCUCAUUAGAUAUAUUUUCCUCUUCGAAUACCAAUACCAACACCAAUACCCACAUGAAUGCAGCGACGAAUCCAACAUCCACGGCCACAACAAUGAGAGCAAUGCAUACGACGAGAUGUCAUGGUUGUGGAGCAAAUGUCACGAAUGAGUGGAUGAGAGGUCCAGAUGGUCCCAACAGUUUAUGUGAUUCAUGUGGAAUUCACUAUGCCAAACUAUUAGCUAAGAGAGACUCAUUGACUCCUUCUUCAAUACAACCACAAUCACAAACGACAGAUCUUUUUGCUCAACCGUUUGAGCUGCAUGGAAAUGGAAAUGAUGUCGGUGGUGGUAUAAGCGUGGGUGUCGGUCUGAGUAAUACCCACGGAGGAGUGUCGGUGAUCUAG